AUGCAGUCUACAUUAAACCUCAGUCCCGUCAAAGACGGUAGACGCAUCCUCGGCGACAAAACUCCCAACGCGUGUCUGUCUCCCGCACGCAAUCAACAUCUGGAUGCUGUCUCAGACAUUUCACCAGUCAAACGCUCGCUCUUUGAGAACCACUCUCCCAAGAAACUUCUUCCUUCACCAUCGUUUGUGGGCCAGAAGCGUACAAUCGACCAGGUGGAGGACGACUCCCGAAUAAACAAAGGGAACGUGCAGGUCCAACGUGUCGAACAGAUGCAGAGAAACCAUGAACGCAACUUGCAGGAUAAAGUCAUUACUCAGGCCACAGCACCAACAUAUGAUCAGCAACAAUCGGACGCGAUGCCCUCGAAUGAUACCCCCCAGCAUACAGAGCCCCAACAAUCCAAUCAACAAACACGCCGACUAUCUCUUCACGCCAUUGUAAAUAUAAUCGAGACCCCGAGCCCAAAGCAAAUACCUGAGACCAGUACACGGACGAUUCCAAAAGACCCUGAGACCCGCAAGUUGUUUAUCCAGGAAGUAAGGCACCGCGUCCAAACCUGUACCCCGGCCCGUACUCUAACAAAUACCCGACAGAAAGCAAGCCUACUUCGCACCCGGAUUCAGAGCGCAAUGCGCCACGUCCGAGAUCACCAAUUCGACCGCAGAUUAUCAGAGCUGGAAGCCCACAGCCGCAAAUAUCCCCGACUAUCACUGCCCGCCUUGAGUCAACAGCACACCGACCCAGACCAUGCAUUCCGGCGCAACACAACCACGGAAGCAACAGCAGUAUUAGCAGCAGCAGCACUCGCCUCAACAUCACCGUCCAAGAAAACACCACCUAGUCUCGAACCCGCACUAGACGUCGAACUCGAACCCACUCCGAAGAACUCAUCCACCGCGCCCCCAGGCCUCUCAUCUCCACCUCUAUCGGCUGGGACAACCGCCAACCAGGAGGAUGCGGACCCGCUGAGGACGCCAACCCAGAAGAACUUUCACCGCCGCACAGACACGCUUGAGUCGCCCACAGCCAUGCAGCUGAGUAGUCCCCCGGCCACCGUCUCACGGAACCGAGACAAGAGGAUCAUCGACAUGACGGAUGAGCAUGACGACGAGGUCGGCGACGAAGACAACAAGACAGAGAAGAUAACCACGCCAGCACACAAGGGCGAUGCGGUCGACGGGCUCCUUAAGCUUAUGAACACGUCAGAUAAACGGCGCCAGUCGGAUACCUGGAGCGGAUGA